AUGUCCACCUCCCAUCCCUACCAAGAUCACCCAAGCUCGAAUCCAAUAACUGAUGAGCACCGUUGGAUCCUCCACAUCCGUCGUUCAUUAGACGAAGAUAUUAUUGACAACGAACCCGACAGUCCAGUUUCAAUUUUUAACGUGCCCAAAGCCCUUCUCCUUACCAGCCCUGAAUCUUACAUACCGCAGCAAAUAGCACUAGGCCCGUAUCACCAUUCCCGGCCCGAACUUCACGAUAUGCAACGUUACAAGCUUUCUGCGGCCAAGAGAUUCCAAAGACGCGUCCAUGGUCUCAGAUUCCACAAUAUCGUCGACCAUUUAAUCCCAUACGAACCAAAAUUACGCGCAUUUUAUCAGAAGUAUUUAAACUUCAAUGGCGAAACGCUAACGUGGAUGAUGGCCAUCGACUCGUGCUUCUUAUUGGAGUUUCUUGAGGCUUUUGCGAUCGAGGAGAGAAAAAUGCCGUCGAGAACAUUGUGGUUGAGAGAUAUUACGGGACGUAAAUCGGGCCACGACGCAAUCGUCAGGGACAUUCUCAUGCUCGAAAACCAAGUCCCACUGUUUUUAUUAAAGAAAAUGAUGGAGUUUCAAUCCACAACUUCAGAUGCCGCCCUUUAUUCAAUCCUGGCGGACUUUUUCAACGCAAUUUCCCCUUUCGAGAGGGUCAUGCCUGAUCUCGAGAGAUGCAACCAUUUGCUCGACCUUUUGUACCACUCGAUCGUCCCGAGAUUUGAGGGAGCUCUUGAAAUCGAGGAUGAUGAUGACGAGCAUGUGAAUGGAGAAGGUGAGAAAAGAAGCAUCAUCAAGAGGCUAGUGUUUUCGAGCCCGGUUAGAUUAAUUCUCGCAUUUCCCUUGAAAGUUUUAUCCAAUCUCCCGGGAGUGAUUGUGAUGAGACAUGUAUUGGAACAUGUAUACGAGAAGGAGGAAAAUGAUAACGGAGAGAAAGAUUAUUAUUAUAAUAAUAGGAAGAAGAAAGACGCGGAUCCGCUAAUGGAGGAAAUCUGCAUCCCGUCUGUGAGUGAGUUGGCAAGUGCGGGAAUAAAGUUUGAGGCAAGCAAGACGGGCAUUUCAGGGAUUGGGUUCGACUCGGGGACAGGGACUCUGAGGCUGGCAAGCGUACGGUUGGAUGUGAAUGCGGGAGCCGUGCUGCGUAAUUUGGUGGCUUACGAGGCGUGCGGUGUGUGGGGGGGUCCACUUGUGCUUGCACGCUACGUGGAGCUCAUGAACGGGAUUGUGGACGGGCCGGAAGACGCGCGUUUGCUGCGGGAGAGUGGGAUCGUCUUCAGCCAUCUCAGAGCUGCAAAGAAGGUAAGGUACUUUUAA